AUGAACGAAACACUUAAACUCGUUCUAGUGGGUUAAUAAGGAGCAGGAAAAACAAGUCUAUUACAAUCUCAUAGAUAACAAGAGUUCCGAGCUCAUAAUGCACCAACAGUUGCAGUUGACUUUUCUGGAGUUAAAAAUGUAGAAGUAAAUGGUAAACUUUUUGAUAUUUCAAUAUGGGAUACAGCUGGUUAAGAGAGAUUUAGAUCAAUAACUAGAAUGUCUUUAUAAGUAUAAAAAUGAA